AGCGAGUAGGCGGCAUGUGGUUCGUCGAUUCCAUUCUGGGCGGUUGCCGACGCUUCGCGAAGGCGAGAGCGCCGUAUAAAUAGCGCUCGCUCGCGCUGGUCAGCAAUCAUUGAAGCUUCAACGCAACGCUUUUCAAAGCAAGUUCAACGUUCUCUUCGAGAGAAUACACAAACGCUACAGAAUGCCUUCACGAACCAAGAGUGGAGCCCCGGCUAUCGGCAUCGACUUGGGAACCACGUAUUCCUGCGUCGGUGUCUUCCAGAAUGGUCGGGUGGAGAUCAUCGCAAACGAUCAAGGCAACCGGACGACGCCGAGCUACGUCGCCUUCACCGACACCGAACGGCUCAUCGGGGACGCUGCAAAGUCACAAGUCGCCCUCAACCCCGAGAACACAGUGUUUGACGCCAAGCGCCUCAUCGGACGCAAGUACGACGACCCCAAAAUCCAGGGUGAUCUCAAACACUGACCCUUCAAAGUUGUGUCAGACUGUGGGAAGCCAAAGAUAGCGGUCGAGUUCAAAGGGGAACAGAAGAGGUUCAAUCCCGAGGAGAUCAGCGCAAUGGUCCUGACCAAGAUGAAAGAGACGGCUGAAGCAUACUUGGGUCAAACAGUGACUGAUGCAGUCGUCACCGUCCCAGCCUACUUCAACGAUUCCCAACGUCAGGCGACGAAAGACGCGGGAGCCAUAGCUGGACUGAACGUACUCAGGAUCAUCAACGAACCAACAGCUGCUGCUCUGGCUUACGGUCUUGACAAGAACCUCCAGGGCGAGAAGAACGUCUUAAUUUUCGACUUGGGCGGAGGCACUUUUGACGUAUCUGUCCUCACCAUCGAUGAGGGGUCAAUGUUCGAAGUCCGCUCCACUGCGGGAGACACUCACCUCGGAGGAGAAGACUUCGACAACAGAAUGGUGACCCACUUUGUCGAAGAGUUCCAGAGAAAGCACCGCAAAGACCUUCGUAAGAGUGCCAGAGCUCUACGCCGUCUACGAACUGCCUGCGAGCGAGCCAAGAGAACUCUAUCCAGCAGUGCGGAAGCGAGCAUCGAAAUCGACGCCCUCUUCGAAGGCAUCGACUUCUACAGCAAGAUCACCCGCGCUCGCUUCGAAGAACUCUGCAUGGACCUCUUCCGCAGCACGCUCGAACCGGUGGAGCGGGCCCUCAACGACGCCAAGAUGGGCAAAUCGCAGAUUCACGACGUUGUCCUCGUUGGCGGCUCGACCCGAAUUCCCAAGAUUCAGAAACUGCUCCGCGACUACUUCAACGGCAAAGAACUGUCGAUGUCCAUCAACCCGGACGAAGCCGUCGCCUACGGAGCUGCCGUCCAAGCUGCUGUCCUCAGCGGAGACAGCAGCGAGGCGAUCCGAGACGUUCUUCUGGUUGAUGUCGCCCCUCUUUCCUUAGGCAUCGAGACUGCCGGUGGCGUCAUGACAAAGAUCGUCGAGCGGAACAGCCGCAUCCCGUGCAAGACGUCGCAGACCUUCACAACCUAUUCGGACAAUCAACCAGCAGUCACGAUUCAGGUGUAUGAAGGUGAACGGGCCAUGACCAAAGACAAUCACCUCCUGGGAACCUUCAACCUCAACGGUAUCCCUCCAGCUCCCCGAGGAGUUCCGCAGAUCGAAGUAACGUUUGACCUCGACGCUAACGGUAUCUUACACGUCUCUGCUCGGGACAAAAGCACGGGAAAGCAAGAAUCCAUUCGCAUAACGAAUGACAAAGGGCGGUUGAGUAAGGAAGAGAUUGAUCGGAUGCUGAGCGAGGCUGAAAAGUACUCCCAGGAAGACGAACGGCAACGGGAACGUGUGGCUGCCAGGAACGGACUGGAGUCCUACGUGUACUCCGUCAAACAGGCUGCUGAAGAGUCAGGAAGCAGGUUGGACGCGGCUGAUCGGGAUAAGGUCCUGUCAAUCUGCAAGGACGCAAUCAGCUGGAUCGACUCUAACACGUUGGCUGAGAAGGAAGAAUAUGAGCACAGACUGAAGGAGUUGCAGCAGGCCUGCAGCCCCAUCAUGAGCAAGCUCCACCAGGGCGGUGGAGAUGGCCCGAAGCACUCAAACUUCAGCAGUCAGAGAUCCGGACCAACUGUUGAAGAAGUUGAUUGAUGAGUACCAGGUCCCUAGGAAGUUCAUUUUGAAAAUCUGGAGGACUCUACCGUUAGACAAGUGGUAGUAAUUUAUUUGUAAAUAUGUACAUUUGUAUAAAGUAUCUAUUUGAGCAAUAAAUACCU